UUUUGCCAUAGCGCGAUGUGGACAUUGUGGGGCUUCGUUGCCCUUCUCGCUGCCGCAGUUCAGAGUCAUAUCACCUAUAUAGAAGUUCGUCUGCCGCUCGAGGGAACUCCGUCACCCCCAGGGUCGCCAUGGCCUCUACCUCAAGUCUACAGACCAUCCGAUAAGCUAUUGGAAGUCGAUCCCAAUAACUUCGAUAUUCGAUCGGAGGCUAUUUGCUGCGAUAUCGUAGACCAAGCGAUAAAGAGGUAUAAGAAGCUGCUGUUCCCCGUCAACAAGACCGCCGAGAGCUCGAAGACGAAGUUGAAAGCUCUCGAUGUCGAAGUUGAAGAAUAUGAGGACAAGGCCGAACACUGUGGAUAUCCACAUCACAAGAGCGACGAAAAAUACAAAUUGGAGAUAAAGGAUGACGGUGCAGCUAUCCUCAAAUCGAAAACCGUCUGGGGUGCGCUCCGAGGAUUGGAAACAUUCUCUCAGCUCCUAUACCAUGACGAGAAAGCAGGAAGCUUCUUCAUCAACGCAACAUCAAUUGAAGAUUGGCCUCGAUUCAGUUUCCGAGGAAUUCUCUUGGAUACCGCCCGUCAUUUUCAACCGAUGAAAGUCCUGAAACAAAACUUGGAUGCCAUGUCUUACUCGAAAUUCAAUGUCUUCCACUGGCAUCUCGUCGACGAUCAAUCAUGGCCCUACGAGAUGGAAGUGUUUCCCAAUCUCACGGACGCAGCUUACCAUCCAAAGCAGAUUUAUACGCAAGAAAAUUUGAGAGAAAUCAUCGAGUAUGCCCGCCUCCGGGGCAUCCGCGUCAUACCCGAAAUCGACACUCCUGGCCACACUCAAGCUAUCGGGAAAAUUUUCCCAAAGCUCCUGACUCCAUGCUACGGCGAGGGUGGGAAGGGCACAUCACGCCAUCCGGAUUUCGCUGGCUUUGAAAUGCUGAACCCUAUGCAGAACUAUACGUACGAUGUGAUGAAAGAGAUCUUCAACGAAACGACAAGAACAUUCCCGGACGAGUACAUCCAUCUCGGAAUGGAUGAAGUCUACUACAAGUGUUGGGAAUCGAGUCCGGAAAUCGCCGAGUUCAUGGCAAAGAAUGAGAUGAAGAAGGUGGCAGAGGUGGAGCAGCACUAUGUGCGUCGCACGCUGGACAGCGUGAAGAAUCUAGGCGCGAAGUACAUGAUCUGGCAGGAUCCGAUCGACAACGGCGUGAAAGCCGCGCCCGAUACCCUGGUUGGGGUUUGGAAAGACGUCUACCUGGACUCGAAGCUGCUCCCCUGGCAAACGUACAUGUCGAGAAUCGUUAAGCAUGGCUAUCAGCUGGUGCUGUCGGCUCCGUGGUACUUGAAUUACAUAAGCUACGGCGAAGAUUGGAAGAAGUACUACAAUAUAGAUCCGCGUGACUUCGAGGCGACAGACGAAGACAAGGAUCUUAUCAUCGGGGGAGAAGCUUGCAUGUGGGGAGAAUACGUCGACGGAACGACUCUCAUCUCGCGCCUCUGGCCACGUGCUGGAGCCGUGGCGGAGAGACUGUGGUCGAGUGCGUCGGUGGUUGACGUUGAAUCCGCGAAAUUCCGCUUGGAUGAAAUGAGAUGUAGAAUGGUCCGCAGAGGAAUCCCGGCAGCGCCCAUUCUCAACGGAUAUUGCGGUGGCUACGACUGGGAUCUCUGAAGUCUCACUCCCGUCGCCUCUCCGGACCGAAUAUCUAUUCACUCGGUGGAUCGAAUUUCAUAUGAUGGAAUUCCGUGCGUUCGAAGACUCCGCGUUCGAAUCGCAAUCCGGGAAUGAGAUGAAUAG